CUGUCAGGCUGUUCGAGGGAGGGAUUUUCCGUUGCCGGCCCUGGGCCCGGGCCUUGCAAGAAGAGUGCUUGCGCUCUCUGCCGCUGGAAGACCUCCUUUCCUCCCCCCAUGGGGGGUGCAUAAGACCCGGAGCUUCUCCUUCCCUCCCCGCAGGGUUUGGGCGGUUUGACCCACUACCCAGCGGAGAUGACGGAAUACAAACUGGUGGUGGUGGGCGCUGGUGGCGUUGGGAAGAGUGCAUUGACCAUACAGCUGAUCCAGAAUCAUUUUGUGGAUGAAUAUGACCCAACUAUAGAGGAUUCGUACCGGAAGCAGGUGGUAAUUGAUGGAGAGACAUGCCUCUUGGAUAUUCUGGACACAGCUGGGCAAGAGGAAUACAGUGCCAUGCGUGACCAGUAUAUGAGGACAGGAGAAGGCUUCCUUUGUGUCUUUGCAAUCAACAACACAAAGUCUUUUGAAGAUGUUCACCACUACAGAGAACAGAUCAACCGUGUGAAGGAUUCUGAUGAUGUUCCUAUGGUGCUUGUUGGCAAUAAGUGUGAUCUCCCCUCUCGGACAGUGGAUACUAAACAGGCUCAGGAACUGGCCAGAAGCUAUGGAAUCCCCUUUGUAGAGACCUCUGCUAAAACCAGACAGGGAGUGGAGGAUGCCUUCUACACCCUGGUGCGAGAAAUCCGAAAGCACAAAGAAAAGAUCAGCAAUGGGCGCAAGAAGAAAUCUUCCAAAAGGAAGUGUGUUAUCCUCUGAAGGGGGCAAGAGACUUUAUUCCACUGUUGGGAAUGCAGAAAAACCCUCUGGAAUUUGGGUUUUUCCUCUCCCUAGUUGCAAGAUAUAUUCUGAAGGCCAUGUCCCCUCACCCUGUUUGGCUGGAAGGAGAAGGCAGCAGAGUUCUCUAAACCCUCAAUUUUAUUUUCCUAUUUUUAAAACUGGGACACUGCAUCAGAUAUAAGGAGGGGUUGUAACCACAUUUUAUGUUCCUUUCACUUCUUGCCAUUUUUUCCUUUUUAAAAUAAAAAAUCACUGUGUUUCCAAUCCUUAGGAUUAUAGAGGUCAGUCCAUAAAAAGUAGCCUGAUAUAGCUCAAUCCUCCUGGUUAGAUGGAGGUUAUAGCUUAAAGGCAGCAUCUCAGUCAGAACCUUAGGGGCCUUUUGCACUUUUGUAGCAUUUUUCCCUUGGGUUCUCAGCAAGACUGAAGAGCGAGCCAAAUAGACUUGGUGCCACUUUUUCUUGCUAGCAGAAUAAGGGGUCGCUUAAGGUGGAGGUGGCAGUCAAAAAUGCCAAGAGAGAAAAUGUGGAAAGCCAAACCUUCUGUCUCGCUGGAUACUUCAUCCCACUCUUAAAUAGAUGGUGCUCGGUUCUUUUUCUUAAGGGUGGCUGAGUUUUGUAUUUUGUUGUUUCUCUUUCUAGUUUUUUGUUCAUUUGGGCCAUUCUGCAUAACUUCUGAGCAAAGGCUCCUUCUUGCCUUCAAAUGAUAGGCUCAUUGCGUUUUAUCAAGAGUGUUGUGGUGUGGGGAGAUCAACAAAAUGGAAAGGAGUAUGAUCUUUGGGGUUACUUGUAAAACAGUUGUUUCCAUCCAGAGGAAGUGGCAUUUAAUACUUCUGCAAAACCAGCAGUUUGUCUUUGGAAAUGGCUGAAUGUUGUCGCCAAGAGAAACAUCUUAAUAUAAGUAGCCACUACUGCCUCUUUUACUAAAUGAUUGUCUAUGACUUGGAGUAAAUUUAUUUUGAUGCUUUAGAAACAAGGGAGAAAUUUUAUCCAAAAAAGUCUUGGUUCCCAUCUUGUCCCCCAAAUGUUUUACCUCAUCCCUGAAUUAGGGUAUAAGACUAGCAGGGAGAGACCAAGAAAAGUCAGAAUUAACUUUGAAAAUUAUCCUGCUAGUGAUUAAAUAAGUUUCCAUUGUGUAUUCAGCCUUUCCCCCAAAAAACCUCAGUCCUACGUUAACAGAUAUGGUCCUUUUCCACAGUCCUAAGGAACUGUACAAUAAAACCCAUAAGUGGGAAUAAACCUGUGAAUAAGCUAACUGAUCUAUGAGGUCUGAUGUCUGUGGGAUUGUCUACUUCCAAACAAUAAACAUUGAAGCAAUCCUC